AUGACAGACCCUUUCGUGGCAAACUCCCACAUCCUCCACCGAACCUUCAACACCAAACCCUCAAAAGUAACAAAAGGCAACGGCAUAACCUUCACCCUAGAAGACGGCCGCGAAAUAAUCGACGCAAGCUGCGGCCCCUCAGUCUCCUGCCUAGGCCACAGCCAACCAGAAAUAACCAGCGCAAUAACCACCCACCUACAACAAGACAUCGCAUAUGUCUACUCAGGCAGCCCAUACACAAACCAAGCAACAGAGGACCUAGCAACACUCCUCCUCUCCUCCAAACCAGGCGGGCUAUCCAAAGCAAUUUUCGUCAACUCAGGCAGCGAAGCAACAGACGCAGCACUGAAACUCGCCGUACAAUACUGGCACGAGAAGGGCCAGCCACAGCGCACGCAUUUCAUCGCCCGGAAGCAGAGUUAUCACGGGAAUACUAUUGGCGCACUUUGCGUUUCUGGACAUGAGUCCCGGCGGGAGUUUUAUCGGGAUUUCAUGUCUGGGAAUGUGUCGUUCGUUGAUCCUUGUUAUGCUUACCGCAUGAAAGGGGAGAGGGAGAGUGAUGAGGCGUUUGUGGAGAGGUUGGCUGGGCAGGUUGAGGAGGAGAUUUUGAGGGUUGGGGGUGAUAGGGUUGCUGGGUUUGUUGCUGAGACUGUUUCUGGGACUACGUUGGGUUGUGUACCUGCCGUUCCCGGGUAUUGGAGGGCUAUUCGGGAGGUUUGUGAUCGGUAUGGGGUUUUGUUGAUUUUGGAUGAGAUAAUUUGUGGUAUGGGUAAGACUGGUACUAUGCACGCCUGGGAGCAAGAAGAUAUUCGAGGUCCUGAUAUCCAGACCAUUGGCAAGGCCCUUGGUGCCGGAUUCGUACCUCUGUCUGGUGUCUUGCUUCAUGAGAAGAUAUUUCAAGCUCUAUCCGCCGGUUCUGGUGGAUUAGCUCAUGGCCAUACUUUCCAGGCCCACCCUCUCGCCUGCGCCGCGGCAAUUGCAGCGCAAAACAUUCUCCACCGCGACAACCUACUUCAGCAAGUCGUGACUCUGGGAAAAAGGCUGGAAGCUCUGCUCUGUCGCGAGAUUGGUCCUCUUCCCUUGGUAGGAGAUAUCCGCGGCCGCGGUCUCUUUUGGGCAGUGGAGUUUGUGGUCGACAAAAAGGCCAAGACGUCGUUUCCCCUUGAAGCCAAUUUCUCCAACAAGGUGGUCACCAAUGCUCUCAAGCGUGGUGUGAAUAUCCUUGGGAAUUUGGGCCAUACUGGCAUAUACCAGGUUGAUCAUAUUCUCGUUUGCCCGCCGUAUAUUACGACCGAGGAGGAACUCGAGAAGAUCGUGGCACUUGUGAAGGAUGCCAUUGUUGAGACAAGCCAGUCUUUUAUUUAG